AGUCGCCAUGGGUCGUGUGAUCCGCAACCAGAGGAAGGGUCGUGGAUCCAUUUUCACGGCCAACACCCGUCUCAACAAGGCCCCUGCCCAGUUCCGUGUCCUCGACUACGCUGAGCGUCAUGGAUACACUCGUGGUGUUGUGAAGGAGAUCAUCCACGACCCUGGCCGUGGUGCUCCUCUCGCCAAGGUCCAGUUCCGUCACCCCUACAAGUUCAAGCACGUUACCGAGACCUUCAUCGCCAACGAGGGCAUGUACACCGGUCAAUUCAUCUACGCCGGAAAGAACGCUACCCUGACUGUCGGCAACAUCCUUCCCCUCGCCUCCGUUCCUGAGGGUACCGUUAUCUCCAACGUUGAGGAGAAGGCUGGCGACCGUGGUGCUCUUGGUCGUACCUCCGGUAACUACGUUACCGUUAUUGGACACAACCCUGAGGAGGGCAAGACCCGUGUCAAGCUUCCCUCUGGUGCCAAGAAGGUCAUCAAGAACACCGCUCGCGGUAUGGUUGGUAUCGUCGCUGGUGGUGGCCGUACCGACAAGCCUUUGCUCAAGGCUUCUCGUGCCAAGCACAAGUUCGCUGUCAAGCGCAACUCUUGGCCCAAGACUCGUGGUGUUGCCAUGAACCCCGUUGAUCACCCUCACGGUGGUGGUAACCACCAGCACAUCGGUAAGGCUUCGACCAUUUCCCGCUACGCCGCCCACGGUCAAAAAGCCGGUCUUAUUGCUGCCCGGAGAACUGGUCUGCUCCGCGGUACCCAGAAGACCAAGGACUAAGCGGUUUAUGGUGUGGAGUUUUUAUUGUGACGGGUUGAAAAUGCUCUUUUGCUAUGAGGCAUAUGUACUUAGGCGACUGCGGAUAAUCUCCCAUGCGUCUCUAGCCAAGUUAGGUUGUGGCCAACAAAUAUUUUCAUGAUGACCAAAGCAAAAGGAAAAACGGGUUCAAAAUUCAACUCUUGUGCAUGUGCUUGAACGAGUCUGUCGCGCUGUAGCGUAGCCGAUGUAGACCGGAUUGUUCUGACGGAUCUCACACUUGGAUAUGCUGCAUUCUGGAAGAUGCGCUCUGUACUCUAAAUUUGCACUAGGCCUUCUAUCUCUCAGUGCGCAUUGUGAUUACGGGGUAAUGUUCUCAUAGACAGGUUCUACCCGGGAAUUGUUAGAAUGGAUCUGGU